CCGAUGUCUCUCCCGUCCACCUCGACGCUCCGCGCGCAGCUCAACUCCACCCUCGGCGACAAAGCGCCCGCCUACUGGCGCGUCUUCAAAGAAUUCCUCGCCGGCCACAUCUCGCGAAACGAGUUCGAUGCCGCCGCCCGGCGCGCGCUCGACACGCCGCACCUCGUCCAGCUGCACAAUGCGCUCGUCAUCAGCCUCUUCGACACGAGUGUUCAGCUUGACCGGCGCGCGGCCGCCGCCACAGACGCCGCCACACCCGCCGCGAAGAUUGGGGACGGGGCCGCACCCGCGAGCGCGCACGCGGAGAAGCCACGCAAGAGCCCGCCGAAGAAGCGGCGGCGGCUCCUGCCAUACCAGGGCGAGGACGCGGACAUGGACUCCCUGCGCUCGGCGCGGUUCAGGAAGUGGGUGGUGGGUCUCGGGAGGAAAGAGCGCGCGCGGCUGCAGCACCUGCCUGCCACACCCAUUGACGACGCCGCGGCGACGUUAAGGAAGUUGCCACAGGACGAGAUCUUGCAAGAGCGCGGAGUUCAGCUUUUACCGGAACGUGGAGAACCUCCCGGGAGCAGGCUACCGCUGCACCUCGCCGCCGUCACGCGCGCGCCCACGCUGCAGCAUAUAUCAGAUCGUAUCAACCUCAUCUGCGCGCAGCAUAACCUCGGCGCGCCAUCCAAGGCUGUCUCGUCUUUACUCAUGCUCGCAUUCGAGGCGAAGCUGAAGCAGCUCAUCUCGCAAGCGAUCACCCUCACCUCCGCCUCGCACGCCAUCACCUCCAUCCAGCCUGCACACCCGUCCGGCGCGUCGUACAACGGCUUGCUCGCUGCCUCCGCCUUCGACGCGCUCUUCACCGUCUCCCCCGCCGUGCUCCCGAACCGGUCUGCGGCCGCGAUGCGCCUCGCCCUCGGUGCGCCGGAGGGCGAGGACGGAUGGGCGGAGCUCGAGCGGCUUGAGCGGGUUCGGGGCAGGGUGCCUGAGGAGGGCGCGCGCGACGACCAGCCCGGGUGGCAGAUCCUUGCUUUGCUGGCACAGCAAAGGAGCGCGGUGCGGGAGGUCUUAAACGGCGCGCGAUGACCUCUCGCGGUUCGUGCCGGUUUGUGCGUUGUGAUCCCCAUUCUUUGUAUUUUUUUUCUUCUUCCCAUACUGUAAGAUUAUACUGCAUUAGGAUCUAUUGAAUCUAUUUCUUCGCGUAGACCAUCGCGUUUGCUUCUUCAAUGACAAUGAAUGUAGCAUACCCUAUCCUUGAAUUGUCUCUGACGUCUUCA